AAUAAGAUAUUUGAUUGUGUCGUAAUCAAUAUUUCUCAUUAAUUAGAGUAGAACUCAGAAAUAUAAAAGAUGCGAGAUCCGGAACAAACUAUUCAUUGUUCUUAGAAGUAGGGAAAACAAUUCCAUCAACAAAAUGAUCAAAUUUGUGUUUUUUCUCUUGGCAUGCUCUGCUUUAGUUUAUGCCAAAGACGUCAUCCAUCAUUACGGUAAACAUGGCGGCCACGGAGUAAGCACACGAUAUUUUGUAAAAUCUCAUGACCAUGGCAUAGGAUAUGGCGGAUAUGGGCUUAGUAAUGAUGGUUACGGACUUGGAUUUGGAGGAUACGGACUUGUAAAUGAAGGAUAUGGUCUUGGUCACAACGGAUACGGACUUGUAAAUGAAGGACAUGGUCUUGGUCACAACGGAUACAGACUUGUAAAUGAAGGAUAUGGUCUUGGUUACAACGGAUACGGACUUGGUAAUAGUGGUUAUGAUGGCCACGGUUUAGGAUUUGAAAACAAUGGCCCUGGAUAUGGAGGAUACGCACGAUACGCAUAUGGAUUUUAAACAUCGUAAAUAAUGCUUAGCAAAAUCAAGGUGAAGAUUCAAUAAACGAAAAGUUCCUAGUCAAAAGUAAGUAAGAAUAUCAAAUAUAAAGUGCAUCAAAGAGAAGUUCGAAAUAGAAACUCAAGAGCGUAGAAUUAGCUAAAACUACACAUAUUUAGAAAUGUAUAAUUCAAUAAAAAGGUAUAAUCAUUUUAAAAAUACCUUUCUAACGAAAAUUACAAUGAUGAAUUUGUAGUAUGU